AUGGAGAUAUGUCACUCGCCGUAUAAGUUGAAGAAAGCGUCCUCUGGCAAUGGGGGCCUCCUUGGAGAUGUUAAGCCCGAACCGGACACAGACCAGAAACUGCUUUGCCACCCUGGAUCCAGAGGUUCCGGCACCUUCUGCCUUAAGGGCUUCCGAUUCGAUAUCGGAUCCAUAGGUACCUGCGUCUUCGUCCUCUGUUCUGUCUCCCUCUCUGGUGGCUUCUACCUUGGGUGCAGAUCCUCAGAGCUCCCACCCUCAUCAGACCGUGAGGCUGCCUGA